CGGCCAGAGGAGGAGAAGAAGGAAGAGGAGAGGAGAUUAGGGUUUUGGUGUUGUUUUGGAUUUUGGGGUUUUAGUGGAGCCAUCCAGGGCUGAUCAUGGUGGAUGGACACGCAUCAUAGUUGAGAAGCCAUUUGGGAGGGAUUCGGCCACAGCUGAGAAACUCAGUGCUCAGAUGGGCGAAUUAUUUGACGAACCACAAAUUUAUCGUAUUGACCACUACUUGGGGAAGGAGUUGGUUCAGAACUUGCUCGUGCUUCGCUUUGCAAAUCGCUUCUUUUUGCCUCUUUGGAAUCGUGACAACAUUGAUAACAUACAGAUUGUAUUUAAAGAAGACUUUGGUACUGAAGGCCGUGGUGGAUAUUUUGAUGAAUAUGGGAUUAUACGCGACAUUAUUCAAAACCACCUUUUGCAGAUUUUCUGCCUUGUUGCCAUGGAGAAGCCAAUUUCGCUAAAACCUGAGCAUAUCCGAGAUGAGAAAGUGAAGGUGCUUCAAUCAGUGAAUCCUAUAAAAGACGAAGAGGUUGUUCUUGGACAAUAUGAGGGCUAUAGAGAUGAUCCAACAGUUCUUAAUAAGAAUUCAAACACUCCAACAUUUGCUACAAUGGUUCUGCGUGUUCACAAUGAAAGAUGGGAAGGUGUGCCAUUUAUACUGAAGGCAGGAAAAGCACUGAAUUCUAGAAAGGCAGAAAUACGUAUCCAAUUUAAGGAAGUUCCUGGUGAUAUAUACAAAUGUCAAAAACAAGGAAGGAAUGAAUUUGUUAUACGUCUUCAGCCUUCAGAAGCAAUGUACAUGAAACUCACGGUGAAGAAACCUGGACUGGAAUUGUCAACGGUUCAGAGUGAACUUGACCUGUCUUACCAGCAACGUUAUCAAGGGGUUACCAUUCCAGAGGCUUAUGAGCGCCUUAUACUUGACGCAAUAAAGGGGGAUCAGCAGCAUUUUGUUCGCAGAGAUGAGCUGAAGGUGGCAUGGAAGAUAUUCACUCCGAUACUGCAGAGGAUAGAUAAGGGAGAGUUGAAGCCGAGAGCGUACAAGUCAGGCAGCCGUGGCCCUGCAGAAGCAGAUGAUUUGCUCAAAAGGGUAGGCUAUGCCCAAACGCAUGGUUAUAUUUGGAUCCCUCCCACUCUGUAAUUAAUAUCAUUUAUGUACAGACUACAUAGUAAAUGUAUACACAUGGCUGUGCCUGCAAUAAAGUUCGACCAUAUUAUUGAUUUCUCCUAUUCUAAAUAGCCAUUGCAUUUUAAGGCAAGGCAUGCAAUGUUGUUGCUGCUAUUAUCAUCAUUAUAUAUAGCAAAAUGGUACAUAUGUAGAAAUUUCAAUAAAGAAUGGGACAAUUU